AUGGCUCCCUUCCAGAUCAACGAUGGCGGCUUCGAGAGCGCCGAGCUCGAUGCCACGAUGAGCCGUGGACAUCGCCGUGGCUUCAAGGUCGUGGGACCUCGUCGUCAGGGAGGUGUGACGAUCUCGAUGACGAACGACGGUACCAUUACGAUUGCUAUCCCCACCGAGGUGGUGAUGACCAACCGGGUCCAAUUCCCUGCAGUGGACGCCAUCAAUCCUGGUAGACAUGAUAAUGUCCUCUGCCGCAUCUUGAAGGAGACUGCGGAGCCUGUUACCCAGGUCACGAAUGCGUACGAAAAGCUCCAACAGCUCGGCGACUACCUCGUUCGAAACCAGAACUCUGUCCAGUUUACAGCCUCGGUCAGCGAUGUCAAGGCGGAUGCUCAGCGUGGCGGAGACAUCAUGGUCCGUGAUGUGCUCAUGAAGUCGGCUGACACAACCUGUGGCAGUCACAGUGGGGUGUGA